AAGGGUUACAGCAAAAUCAAAACUAGGACUGCGUACACAAAAAUGGUAUUUUCUAAUUUUAGUCACAGAUAUGUCAUGCUCAUAUAUACUCGCUACACCAAUCAAAUCCACUUGUGAGCAACUUCAAAUGGGCUUAAGUAAUGCGCUCUAGCACGGCUGCACCUCCACCCAAAUUUUUUUCUUUUUCCUUUUGCACAUCUACAUUUUCUCAUCAACGCAUUUUUACGAACAAGUGAUUUAUUAAAUAUAGGUGAAAUAAGCCACAUUCCAGCAUUUCCACUAUUCCCUUCCUAAGUGAUGAUGUCAGAUACUCAGCCGGAAUCUAACAGCACUGCAGUAAUCUUGUAUCUCUUAUUCCUCUUGAUUGCUCUCGUUCUGCUGCUCUUCUACCUCUAUAAACGUCUGAACCGUGACACAGAUGGUCAGUACACCAUCCAGCACCUCAUCUUUAGCCCUGGGGGCCUUCGAGAUCGUGUAAUACAAGGAGUUCAAGCUGUGGAGAGCAGGGUACAUGAUCUUAGGUCAAGGCUACAAAUUCCUGAUGAAGAGGAGGGCAAUGCUGAGAACGAUGAAGUUGGAAAUGGAGAAAGAAAACAAGAAGAAGCAGAGAAAGGUCGUACUCAAAAUGACACCAAUGGAGAAAUCAAGGAGGAACAAAAUCAGGACAACUCGUCAGAUGACUAUUCCAGUAUUGACCUAAGGGAGAGGGUCAAGGAAAAUAACAACAAAAAAGUGGACAAUAAAGAAGAAGAUAAAAAGGAGGAGUCAGAAGACAGAGCAAAAGAGAAUGACUGUAAACAAAGUGAAGAGGUGAAGAAUGAAGAGAGAGUGGGUUUGUUUAUUGACUUAAAGUCAUUUUCCGGCAGUGCCAUUUGGUCUGGGGAGAAGGGGGAAAAUAAUAUGACAGUUUUGUGAAAAACAGCAGAAGCGGACAAAAAUAUGACGUUGAUGGGAAAAGCUGUAGGCCAUAAAGUUGUGUGGUAAAAAGAAGCUAUUCUUAUGAUGCACCCCACCCCUUAAGGGUCUUCUGCUUUGAACUUUUUAAAAUAUGUUAGCUAACUCUUACGAGACUUAAUUUCUUAUAUAUGAUUUAUAUAAUUUUUGUGUUGGUGGGUAUAAUUUUCUUAGGAACUGUACGUUUACUUAAAAAUAAAUACAUUAAUAUCAAAAAAUGAUUUUAAUUGAUGUAAUAGCUACGUUUUCUACCAGGUAACGAUAUGUAGUUAAAGUGACCGAUUUUUAGCUAGGAUACCUAACUAGAGAAAUAACCGGAGCUACCUGUUCUACAGCUGAAGUUUAGGUUUGCUUAAGAUUGUUUUACUACCGCAUAGAAUUACUAGAUAUGGCAGUGCAGCUAGCUAGAUAGCGUAGUUAAAUAAUUUUGUGACAGGAGCGUGAUCAUUCAGUACUUGCAAACUGCAAUCUAGAAGGCAAAAUAUAGCGUUAUAUAGCUACUGAAACAGUUUUUAAAUGUAUUUGUUUGUUUGUUUGUUUUUUACCACAUCUUCAAUCAGAAAAAGAACAAGAGAAGCGAACAAGACAAACGCCUUUAAAUAAACCUCCGCAAGUUCGGAGCAAGUCUAGCAUAUACAGCUACAUUUUAACCCACAUUUUCUGCUGACGUUAUCUAGGUAACGUUAUCUAGCUAGCUAGAAAUUAGUCAUUACAAUGACAACUAUUAGGUAGCGUUUAGUUGUUUCUACUUCAGUUAAAAUACUGAAAUCAUAUAACUACCUAGUUAGACCGCAUAUUUAGGAAUCUAUUUGAGAGUGUGCUUACGUAGGGGGAUGUAGCUCAGUGGUAGAGCGCAUGCUUCGCAUGUAUGAGGUCCCGGGUUCAAUCCCCGGCAUCUCCAUGGCUUUUCUUUCUUGUUGUUUAAAAAAAUGUUUAUUGCUGGCAUAUAAUAGCAAAAACACUAAAUCGUUCUUUGAAACAAAGUACAAUUAAUUCUCAGGAAUAUUAUAAUAUACUCCAAAAGGUAUCAAUCGUAAAUAUACGUAAGUCUGGUAGAGUGCGACAUAUUUUGGACUGAGAGGCGGAGAAGUAGGAAGUAGGAAGUGGACCCAGUGGUCCCGGGCCCGAUUGGCCCAUUAUUGUUGUUGGGCGUGGAAAUCGGCAAAUCCACGCCAACGUCCAAGAGUCAACAUCAUCCUGCAAAAAAUACUACAUUUGCAAGUAGGGAGAAAGGCUGUGGUGUUAUUAGAAACCAAACCACAGUUUAACCGCUGUCCGAACAUGUGCAGAUAUUUAGAGCCUAUUAUGCAAUUAGUUGCUAUAUUGUUUUUUCCUAAGGAAUUAAAGGAAAUGCUUCAGUAACUUGGUAUAGCUUUCUUGCUACCCUUCUCCCUAUAGCGAGCUAGCUAACCUAGCUUGCUUGCUACAACAUCGCUGAUGCUUCGAAGCUUUUGUCAGCUGGUCAAGUAAAGAUGCAUUCGCCAAGGGACUCUCGCCUGCCGUCGGUAAUUUGAAUGCAAACCUGAGAAGACGAAAAGUAAUUUUGGUGCGAUGUUGCUAGCAUCGGCCGUGGUCGUAUGGGAAUGGCUAAACGAACACGGGCGCUGGCGACCCUACAGCCCGGCCGUGUCUCAUCACAUCGAGGCGGUGAUCCGCAGCGACCCCCGGGGCGCCGGGAGUGUGGUGCUAGGCCAAGUCGACUCUAGACUAUCGCCAUACAUCAUUGAUCUGCAGUCCAUGCAUCAGUUUCGGCAAGAUACCGGCACACUGAGGCCCGUUCGGCGGAGCUUCUAUGACCCACGUUCUGCUCCGGGACAGGGCUGGAUGUGGGAGUGGGAAAACGACUCUGGCUCAUGGACACCAUACGACACGGAGGUGGGCAUCGCCAUCCAGGCGGCACGCGACCGGCAGCAGCCCUGGCUGGACCUCACGCCGCUGGGUUUCUGCUACCUCAUCGACCUGCAGAGCAUGACCCAGAUCAACAGGCAGACGCAGAGACGCCGGCGCAUCCAGAGGCGCUCGGAUUUGGCCUACCCACUGGUGUCAGGGCCCCUUCCCAAGCCGCAUGCCUGGGCAUCCAAUGGGGGCGGAGGGCACUUGGGGGUAGGGGUGUCUGGGGUCACCGGAGGAAACGGCAGCGCAUACCCUAGCGGAGCCCUUCCCGCGUCCGCCAUCACGUCACUGGGCCAGCCGUGCUCGUGCCAGCAGUGCAUGCUCGUCCUGGGUGUAAAGGCCCCGAGCAUGGCGCAGACCCUGGGAAGGAAGCCACCGCCCAUGCCCAAGCCGCCGAGCCCCAAGGCCGUGCCGCGGGGCCACUCGUACUCGCUCACGCUGCCCCACCCGCCCUCGCUAUCCCGGGCACUCUCGCCACACAGGAACUCCACAUCGGGUGCCAGCAGUGCCUUCGGUCACUCCCUCUCACUGCUGGGCUCUGCCACAGCUGCCCUGUCCCUCUCCUCCUCCCGGCCCCCUCCACCUGCCGUCCCCCCGCCCCCUCCGCCCUCCGCCAUGCCCCAUGUCACCGCUCCGCCUGGCACCACUCAGCCUCCACCCUCCAGCGCCCUCAUCUCAACGGCCACCACCUGUGCGCCCACGCCCUCCGCCCGAGUCCUGGGCCCCGUGCCGUCGGCAGCUGCCGCCUGUGCCGCGCCGCUGCCCUCCCGCUCCAGCCUGGCAGGCCUCAGCCGGCCCGCCCUGCAGAGGAUCGCCAUGGCGCAGUCUCGGGCGCUUAUCGCCUCAGGGGUGCCAACUGUCCCAGUUAAGAAUCUGAAUGGGUCCAGUCCUGUUCACCCAGCUUUAGCUGGGAUAACAGGCAUCUUGAUGAGUGCUGCAGGACUCCCUGUCUGCUUGACCCGCCCACCCAAACUGGUGCUCCACCCCCCACCUGUCAGCAAGAGUGACAUAAAACCAGUGCCAGGCCUCGGCCACUGCUGCCGCAAGACCACCAAGAAACAGGCGCGCAAAGGCCGAACCCCAGAGGAAGUGGUGAGGAGAUACUUGCAGAAGGUCCGCUACCCCCCGGAGGAGGAUUGCACCAUCUGCAUGGAGGCUCUGGCAGGCCCGUCUGGCUACAAAGGCCCUGGCGUGGGUGGCAUUUCGCGGGCAGAGUCCGUGGGGCGUCUGUCCCAAUGCGGGCACCAGUACCACCUGCAGUGUCUGGUGGCCAUGUACAAUAACGGAAAUAAGGAUGGUAGCCUGCAAUGCCCCACCUGCAAGACCAUCUACGGAGUCAAGACUGGCAACCAGCCACCCGGCAAGAUGGAGUACCACGUCAUCCCUCACUCUCUGCCCGGCCACCCCGACUGCAAAACCAUCCGGAUUAUCUACAACAUACCGCCUGGCAUACAGGGCCCUGAGCACCCCAACCCCGGCAAGCCCUUCACAGCCCGCGGAUUCCCCCGCCACUGCUACCUCCCCGACAGCGAGAAAGGGCGUCUAGUGCUGAAGCUGUUGCUGGUGGCAUGGGACCGCAGGCUCAUCUUCUCCGUGGGCACAUCCAGCACGACAGGCGAGACGGACACGGUCAUCUGGAACGAGGUGCACCACAAGACCGAGUUCGGCUCCAACCUGACCGGCCACGGCUACCCCGACUCCGGACACCUGGACAAUGUCCUGGAGGAGCUGCGGGCGCAGGGCAUUGCUGAGGAGGACUGCCUGAGGGACUGAACAAACACGAGAGGAGAAAGUGGAGGUGCCAAGUUUUAAUCCAAAUCCAAAACCCUUUAUCCUAAACUGGAAUUGGAUUUUUUCCUUCUUUCUUUCUUUCUUUCUUUCUUUCUUUCUCUUUCUUUUUCUCUUUCUUUC